GCGGCUCGUUGUGCGGCGGCCCCGCCCCCGGCGCGGUGAAGGACAAGGUGACGGCGCGGGGCCCGCGUUCAGCCUCUGCCGCAGCGGCUCCAUCUUGCGAGGUCGCCAUGUUCUCGUCCAUCGCGCCGCUCGCGCGGCACAACCCGUUCUACGCGCCGCAUUUCCAGCUGGUGCAGGACGGCGUGAGAAAGCGCCCAGCGGAGCCCGCGGAGGCCUCCGCCACGCGGCGGAGCCUGGCGGCCGCGUCCGCCGGCGAAGAAUACAGUUGUGAAUAUGGCUCGCUCAAGUUUUAUGCUCUCUGUGGCGUUGGUGGGGUCCUAAGUUGUGGCCUUACACACACUGGUGUCGUACCUCUGGAUUUAGUGAAAUGUCGUAUGCAGGUCGAUCCACAAAAAUACAAGAGCAUCUUCAAUGGAUUUUCAGUGACAAUCAAUGAAGAUGGUGUUCGUGGCUUGGCUAAGGGAUGGGCUCCAACUUUUAUUGGCUAUUCCAUGCAAGGGCUUUGUAAAUUUGGUUUUUAUGAAGUUUUCAAAAUCCUGUAUGGCAACAUGCUGGGAGAGGAAAAUGCCUAUUUGUGGCGUACUUCGCUAUAUUUAGCUGCAUCUGCCAGUGCGGAGUUUUUUGCUGACAUUGCUCUGGCUCCAAUGGAAGCUGCCAAAGUUCGCAUUCAAACACAGCCUGGAUAUGCAAACACUCUACGGCAGGCUUUACCCAAAAUGUUUGCAGAAGAAGGCAUCUGGGCUUUCUAUAAAGGUGUUGCUCCACUGUGGAUGAGACAGAUUCCAUACACAAUGAUGAAAUUUGCCUGCUUUGAACGUACUGUUGAAGCUCUCUACAAGUACGUUGUUCCCAAGCCACGAAGUGAAUGUACAAAAGGAGAACAGCUGGUAGUCACAUUUGUUGCAGGCUAUAUUGCUGGUGUGUUCUGUGCAAUUGUUUCCCAUCCUGCUGACUCUGUGGUGUCUGUGUUGAACAAAGAAAAGGGCAGCUCAGCUUCACAGGUUCUUAUGAGGCUUGGAUUCAAAGGUGUAUGGAAAGGUCUGUUUGCUCGUAUCAUUAUGAUUGGUACCCUGACUGCACUACAGUGGUUCAUCUACGAUUCUGUCAAGGUUUAUUUCAGACUUCCUCGCCCACCUCCACCUGAAAUGCCAGAAUCUCUGAAGAAGAAGCUUGGUCUAACUGAAUAGACAACUCAUGGACUGACUGCUGGCUGACCCAGUGAUGAGUUUCAUUAAACUUUUAUAUAUUUGACUAUGUAGAAAACAAACUAUACAAUGUCAUUAUUGGUUGUGCCCUCAUCUCACAUGAGGGUUUAAAUUCUACCACUGUCAUUGCCUGAAAUAAAUGAGAAACAGAGUGCUUAGUGUCGGUUUACUACUGCAUAUGUAAGCUUCAUUUCAUAGUAGCAAAUACCUCAAAUACUCUCCUGGCUUCCCCAAAAAAGUUUUUAAAAAAAUACCCUGUUUCACACUUUAGAAACUAGAGAAAUGUUACCCUUCCACUUAAAAUUAGGUUUUCACUGUUUCCAGAGAAGUGCCAAGAACCUGUCCUUGCACUUGGAGCCCACUGAUCAUUUGCCUGUAAUAAGCUGUUACUGUGGAACAGCUGAACUCCUGAAUGGCUGAGAUGAGACUGGAGUCUGGUUGGGCAUCCUAGUCAUGAUAUCAGUGUUUCUCACAGAGAUAAAAGGAACCUUAUGCAUACUAGAGCUGUUUCUGCCUUGGGAUGGUCAUCCCAACUUAACUUAUGCUUACGUGACUAAUUUCUGCUUCUGUUGGCUUUGAACCACACCAAAGAACUUGGCCCUUCUGAUUGUCCUGUGGAAUUAAACAGUAGUUGCUACCUCUUAACUAGAGAAAAGCUGAUGUUAAUAAAGAUUUUCAAAUAUAUUUGACUACUAAUGGUGUACUUCAGCUUUACAAGAAAAUAAAAAUGGCUUGUCUUUUAUUCUAAAGUUUUGAAAAACUUGCCAGCUUUUCCCUAUCUUUGCUACAGCUGUAGUUUUUUAUUUCAGUUAUUUUUUUCUGAAUUAGUAUAAUACUGAAUUAUGGUUGAACCAUGUAUUUCUGCAGCUCAAGGAGCCAUACCAGGUUUUCUGGACCUUGAUGUGAAGAAAUACAUGCUCCUCAGCACACAAGAGGAGACAAUUAAGGCAAUGUAAAGGUAUUUAUUUCUGAUUUUUUUUCUCAAGUCUUAGUGGAGGGAGAUGGUGCUGCCUUCUGCAUUUCACCUGUUCAAUAACACACAGUUGGUAAUCACUACACCCUAUCCAGUACUGCUUUGCCACAAAGUAGAGCUGGAGCUGAUGUGGUUUUUUUGCAGUUCUGUGGAUAGGCUGCCUUAUAGCAUGUGAGGUGUUGAUACUGAACUUAGCUUGGCACUUACUUCUGUUAUACUGCUUCUUCAUCUUGACUUGGCUCCUUCAGAGCCAAAAGGACAAAUCAGGCAGGUGCCAUUGGAAUAUCAUAAAUGUACUGACUGCUGCAUCUUGCUGGAGUCAGAUGUGCCUGCUAUUGUAGCACUGAGCUUCUCACCCCCUGGGAAAAUCCUCCAAUUUCCAAGACUUUGAAUGAUUAUGCUAAACAAGAAAGCUGGGUCUUAUUUUGAAUUGUUGCCUUUCAGAAUGUAGAGUAAAAGCUAGAACUACAUCCAUUUCCCUGUCACCAUGACAGUAAUAAAGGCACUCAGAGCGGCUGGUAUCUGCCUGCAUUAUGCAGCAAAGUCAAAUUUAGACCCUAAGUCUAAAUAAAAUACUUGUACAAGUACUUUGUUGUUGAAUUAAAAUUAUUUCAUGCUAAAAGUAUGUAAAUCUUUUUCCCAUCAUGAAUGGGAAGCUCUGAAAUUAUUUAAUGAGUCAUUAAAUACUUGUAAGAGCUUCCUUGGAGAAGAGCCCUUACUAUGACUUGAUCUUGUAUUAAGACUGUUAAAUCACCUUUUGAAGUUAUGUGUAUGGUGCAGCUUGCUAGGCAAAACUGUCACUUUUGUGUACUGAAAAUCAGUUUCUUUAGAGGUAUUUUUUAACUCAGUAGAUUCUUCUUUCUUUGCUGAAAGUUCCUUCUAAUCCUGGGAAAAGUGAAGAAAAAUUUUAAGGCUGGCAGAAGACUGAGACAAGCUUGGCUCAUGUAGUGAGGUAGUCUGUCAAGCAAUCUAGUGCUGAGCUAAAUUUCUCAAGGCUCUCAUUCUGUAUGUGGCAAAAUCACACCCUUUUCCUCUAGGAUUGAGUCCAUGUUGCACAGUUGUUUAAAAUACAACAAUAAGAGCAUCUUAAGUCCAUUUUCUUAUUGCUCACUGGGUAGACCUGAAACUAUCUUUUAAAGAUGCUUAGAUAAUUUUAUCAAGGUAGACCUGAGAUAAGACUACAAGGAGUAGCCAGCAGUUCCUCUCCUGUAACUGAGGAAGGGAAAAUACACUUAGUGCUCCUUGCAGUGUUGUAUUUCAGUGGAAAACGCAAGAGGGGGAGAGAAUUGCCUUGCAGCUGCCAGCUUCAUUGACAUUCAGCCAUAGGAUUGUUCAGAUGCUUGUUAGGAAAGGAUGUUGCUUAAAGGGUUGCCUGCUGGUAUUUUAAAUAAGCUUCAGUGGGAAAAAUGUAGUAUUAAAAUGCAUUUAAAAGGUCAACUUUGUCAUUGAUAACUGCUUUGUGCAUAAUGCCUGGUACAUUUUCUGAAGGUUGAGAUAGAGCAAUGGUACUUUUGGUGGAUUUGCCCUUACAUUGCAAGGAAAGUCCUGUAUCCAAAAGAGGUACCCCAUUUUGAACUUAGGUAACUCCAGACCCAUCAAUAAACCCCAAAGUGCUCUGUAAAACAUGGAUUAUGUAUAUGCUGCUUGUGUAUAUUUUAUGAAGGAGAAAACAUACUUUCUUGCUGGUUUUGGAGCUGAGAUGAGCUUUCUGGUUUAAAGCAUACCAUAUAUAUAAAUUUGGAGUAACAACUGCAUUUGCACAUGGUGUUUGUAUCAGGCUGUACUACAGAUGAAAUGUGCUGACGCUCACUGAUACUUGCGGAAAUGUCUGUUGCAUAUCAUUUUAAAAUGGGCUGUAAUAAUACAAAUACUUGUAACUCAUUUACAUUUUUACAUAGAAAUGAUGUAGUUCACAGUGAAAACAAUAAACAUCCUGCUUUUUUAUAGCAAA